AUGCAGCGUCUGAAACUGAAACCCAUGCUUUCUCCAACGUUACAACGCUCCGUGUGCUCCCAUGUCCCUUUCUUAUUCUGCCUCAAAAUCAACUCCUUUACUUCUUCUUCUUCUUCUUCUUCUUCUUCCUUGCAAUGUUCACCUUGGACUGGUCUGCAAACCUGGAGAGAGUCCCCACUCAACGAGAAUCGUUGCUGGGGACCCAAAGGCCCAAAACCUCAGCCGCUACAGUCACAGCCGUCUUCUCUUAACAGCGAUGACAGUCCAAUGGUGUCAUCAGCUUCCUCCCUUGCAGAGCUUGGUGCUCUGGUUCUCUCCACCAGUGACCCUCUCGCCAAAUCCAAGCUUUCCCAUCUUGCUUUUUCCAGGUGGCGCCUAGAGAACCUUCCAAUUGGCUCGUGUGAACCCCCUCCUCGACCCGCUCGCCCUCUCAAACCUCAACUGGUUUCCCCAAAAGAAAUUCCAGCUCCCAAGAACUCCGGUUUGCCUCUUAAUGCUUAUAUGCUUCAUAAUCUUGCUCAUGUUGAGCUCAAUGCGAUUGACUUGGCUUGGGAUACUGUUGUUCGUUUUUCACCUUUUAGUGAGACUCUAGGGGAGGGAUUUUUUGCUGACUUUGCUCAUGUCGCUGACGAUGAGAGUCGCCAUUUUUCUUGGUGUUCUCAGAGACUUGCUGAACUUGGUUUCAAUUAUGGAGACAUGCCUGCUCAUAAUCUGCUUUGGAGGGAGUGUGAGAAAUCAUCUGAAAAUGUUGCUGCACGUUUGGCAGUGAUCCCUCUAGUCCAGGAAGCUCGAGGACUAGAUGCUGGACCACGACUUGUGCAAAAAUUGGUUGGCUUUGGAGAUCUCAGGACAUCAGACAUUGUAGCUAGAAUUGCUGAUGAAGAAGUUGCACAUGUGGCUGUUGGAGUCCAUUGGUUUGUUGAUGUCUGUCAGAAAAUGGAUUGUACCCCAUCUUCUGCAUUUAAAGACUUGUUAAAAGAGUAUAAUGUGGAGUUGAGAGGGCCCUUCAAUUAUUCAGCUCGUGAUGAGGCUGGCAUUCCUCGUGAUUGGUAUGACUUACCUACAAAUGACCAGGAUAAGAAUAAGAAAAAGGAUAAAACCAAGAAGCUUACGGAGGUUUAUGAUAGGCUUGCUUCCAUAAUUUCCAUGGAGAGUGAGAACUCAAGUUUGAACAGGCCUUAG